UCUAAUUUUAUUAAGGAUAGUGGAUACAGGAAACUUCCUCCAAUGCAAUGUUGUCUUAUCAUGAGAAGGGAUUUGCAUAUAUCCACAUUUUCUAUUGGGAUAUUUUUUGUAUUGGACGACUUCGGAUUCCUUUUCCUUAAAAUUUCUUGGAAGUUUCGGUGUGGGUGCAAAAAAUUAGAUUAAAAGGCAAUGGGUUGCUUGUCAUUCUAUGCCAUCAUCAAUCCAUGUAAGAAAAGCAACCGUGGUACCUUUUCUUCUAAUCUUCUUCUAGAGAAGACAUACUAUUAUUAUUCUCUCUCGUGUCGUGCGAAAAUCCUAAUGCCAUUGUCAACAAAUUCUCAGAAUCGGACACAUUUUUCCAAUCCCUUAUUAUAAAUAUUCUGCUUUGUUUUGUUUGCCAUCAAUUUGUUCUCCUUUGCAUAUAUUCUAAUUAAGAUAAGGUGAUGCUUAAGAUAAAGAUAUUGCAAGCCGUAUUGGCGGGGUUAACGUUUUUGUUGGGGUUAUUAAGCAAUCUAGUGUUGAGGCUGCAGAAACAGAGCCAAAAGCCUCAGAAGCAGCAAAAACUGCUUCAGAUCAAAUCUGAAUUAGAUUCUUCUUCUUCUUCGUCAACGGAGAUGAUGGUGGUUGAUGAUGAUGACAUGUAUGGGCUGAGCUGGAGGUUGGCAAUGGAGACAAACAAUAAUGUGCGUCCUUGGAAGACAAUCCCACUUCGUUGCUACAAGCAUGUUGAGAAUUACAUGAUUGGUGGACAAUACGAGCAUGACAUGAACCUCAUCGUGGAUGAAAUUAUGUUUUAUGCAUCUCAGAUUACUCUUUCUACUUCUACUACUACUACUACUCAUCAAGAUGCUUGGGUUUUGGACGUGGACGACACUUGUAUCUCUAAUAUUCCUUAUUAUAAAGCUAAACGAUUUGGAUGCGACCCAUUUGAUUCGGCGAUGUUCAAGGCAUGGAUCAAUCAAGGAAUGUGCCCUGCAAAUCCUGUGGUACUAAGAUUGUUUAAAACGUUGAUAGAGAAAGGAUUCAAAGUGUUCUUAGUAACGGGUAGAUACGAAGGAACACUUGCCAAAAUCACUACGGACAAUUUGCACAACCAAGGAUUCAUCGGCUACCAACGCCUUAUUUUAAGGUUAGGUGGAUAGUGACUGCUACCUACGUUACGUUCUCAUGACAAAAUUAUUGGUGACUAGGAGGAUAUGUUUAUAACAACAAUGAUGAUAUUUGUGUGGAUGAAUCAACGUUACAUGAUGUAAUAUACCACAUUAGUAUUAGUACAAUAAUAAUCUCCAUGGAGACAAAACAUGUGGCAUAAUUGAUGGUUUGAAUUUGAAAGCCGAUUUUAGUAUAGUUAUCAGUUUCGUUUCGUUUCGUUGAUGUAUGCGUAACUUCGAAGAAGCUACCAUCGCUCCAAAUCCAAUUUCUAAUAUGUCGACUCGACGGGUCAAAUUCAUUUUCAA